AUUUUACCUAUUUCGUCUAGAUUAGUUGACCACCGUCCCCUCAUGGUUCUUAAUAUGAAUGAUCAUGUAGCGUGCCAUUGCCUUGGAAUAUAUUCGAGUCGUGUAAAUGAACAGGUGGCGUUGGUGGACUUAUAAUCUAACUGUUCUGUCGAUCGUUCAUCCCUUGAAUUUUCGACUGGCAUACUCUUAUGUAACUAAGUCAUUAUAUUUGACUUGUGGCUUGUUCAAAAUAUCUUUAUUUUAUAUAUCCAUAAAGUCAUAAGACAAUAUGCUCUCAUCUCUCGCUUCCCGCCUGCUCUUAGCCUGCGUGGCCGUAGUCCCUACGGCCUUGGCGAAGCCGGAGCAGAUCCGCGCUGUAUCGUCACCUAUCUUCCACUAUUACCUACAAGCGUACCCGCAGGAUCCUACGAUCCCAGUGAUGGGCCCUGAGUCUAGCAGCGAGUACUUUGAUAUCGGUACUUCGAUUAAGAGCACCAAUACAUCGAAAUUCUUGAAUAUUGGAAGUGACUCAACGUCGUACAAGACACUUACGUUUGCGGAGGCGAGCGCGACGGAUGCUUGGGCGCUUGAGGGCGAUACUAUCAUCACGAGCACGGGAAGUAGCUUCGGCCGCCAACUUAACUUCCUAGUCUGCCAGCUUAGUGGUAGCUAUUGGCAGGUGUACCUACAGACGGGCAGUGACACGCCUUCGGGAAAGACUUGUAGCAAUUACCAGAGCUUGCAUUUGCCUUGCUUAUGUUAAGGUGGGGAGGGUCUGGAUAGGGGAAAGGGGGAAGUUAGUGAUAUCAUAUAGGGAGCUAGUAUAUCAAUAGUCUAAAGCUCUAUUCGAAAGGC